CUGUGGCAAAGACUACCUUUUGAAAUUACAUAGCAAGUAGAAUAAAUACGAUUUUAUGGCCAAUAAAUUAUACUGUUCAGUUUUAUGCUUUCUGUUCAUCUACACAAAUUAUUUAGAAGAGAUAAAAAAUAAAAUAGAGUGAGACACACGAGUCUGGCAUAUACGCCAGAUUGGUUAUAACCGAUUUGUAUCACAAAGAAAGAGCCAGUAUAUCAACUAGGUAGUAUAAGAUCAUGGCAAAGAUAUUCUCGGACAAGAUAAAGUUUUCUGAUCAGAAGUGGACUAUGUCCUUAGGACGUUUCUUCGAGCUCGCGACCAUGGUGAGCCUAAACAUAAAACUCACACUAAAUGUGGAACGCAACUCACGACUUUAUGCAAAGACAACAUGAUGUAAUCACCACAGAGAUUUAGCUAAUACUGUUUAGAACGUAUGCUCGGUUUCACCUUAAAGUACACAAUAUCGUUGCGCCCCACUCUUCAUAAGACAUAUUUCUCUUAAACCAGCAAUCAAGUGAUUGAUACGGCUAAAAGAUAAAUCAUAUCAGGGCAGGCCCCAACACUAGUGAUAAUUCUCCAUGUUCUGCAAGAGAAUAAGAGGUGAAUUGAUAAGAGCGUACAACAUAUUAAGUGCACCGAGCCACCCCAAAACGAACAUAUUACCAGGACAUCAUCACCACGCACCUCCAGACAGCUCUUGAAGGAUUGCACAUCAAAUAGUGAACAUCGAGGUACGCGCUCAAUUUUAUCAUUAAAGGGUUGUCCCCAUUUUAAAUGCUCUCGCAGACUAAAUGACGACAGCCCCAUCACUGAAUAGCUUUAAGAGAAGACUUGACAAACAAAUACUCAUUUGUGGACAACUAACUCGAACCAGCCGUGUCCAAUACAUGUUUCAUAAAAUACCACGGUUGUCAUUACCGCAUAUCAGUAUCUACUUCCUAUCUUCCAUAUAAUUAUCUCCGUUUCUCCUCUUAUUUUUUUUCAACUUCGUCCUCUUACACAUUACCAAUCAACACACGAAUUAUCAAAUCAUUAUUUCCACAUUGCAAACAACCAACUUUCUGCUUGGCAAUGUGAUAGCUGCUGGUAUCCAAAAAUUCUACUGCCCUGGGACAAAUACACUCACGCAAUUUGCAAGAUAUACAAAUUCUUAGUGGUUGGACUAUCACCCAUCGGACGUUACCAAAUACCUUAGACCGUACCGAAAAAAAACAAGAAGCGAGAGCAAAGAAAACAAUCGGUUUAUAAAAGCUUGUGACAAAGUUACUGGGUACUGAACAGCAGAAGUUAUCUUACACACUAAUAGGUCGAACUAGUCGUCAAUUUAUCAGAUAAAUUACGAAGUUGAGAGAUAAGUAUGUUACCAACCAAUAGACCAUUUAUAUGGAUCAGAUUUGGAGAAAACAAAAAAGUAUUAGUCAAUAUGUGGUGUUCCUUUGAAAUUCUACUCAACUAUAUCGUAACCGCUUGCGACAUAGACCCUGAAAUCACAUUUGACUUAUGUGACACUUCGGGAAGGCUUUUAGGAUUAAGUGAUUCACAAAAUUACCAGCAAACUGUUCAAAGUCUUGAAGGUGGUGGCGUCUACAUUCUUGUAGCUAUUGAAGGAGACAAGUCAGAUCAACAAGUGAAUAUCCGACCUAUGCUUGAAAACUUUGAACAGUACUACCCUAACUUAACAGACCAAAUAUUACAAAACCUUCAUGACAAAUCGGAAAGAUAUUCCAAGAAAAAACAUAUGAAGCGGACACCGCUGCCAACAAAGGUGACAACUAGCAGGAAGACAAAAAAGUAGAGCAAAAUGAAAAACAUAAUCUUUUAAUCUCGGUUUUACCAUUACCCAUGUCAACACGAAAAAAAGACUUUCAAAUGUAGAUGAAACGGAU